GAUUUCCACAGGAAGAAUUCAAAGCCGCAGGGGUGACUGUGAGUUUCAGAGAUGACUCUUUCUUCCUGCUUUCUGGCAUUGGGGCUGUAUCUGGUUAUCUCCAGCCGAGUUUCUGCAGAGGAGAGUCUGGGGAGGCCGUUCAUUCUGAGCGCUGUGGAGGAUGCUAAGAGGAUGGUUGAUGAAGCCUACAAAUACUCACGUGAAGAGAGCUUGGCCCGUGUGCAGAAGCGCUCGGCCAGUGCUGCAGACGUCCUUCGCCUGCUGAAGCAGCCGGCCCGGGACACGCGCUCAGCGGUGCGAGCUGCAGACUACAUGGAGAACACGCUGAGGCUGAUCCAGGAGAGGGCGCACCACGCCCACAAGCGCUCCCUCAACGCAACAGAUCUGCUGACUGCAGACGAGCUGGGGACGAUCGCCCGUCUGACUGGCUGUGCAGCACGAGUCCAGCCCCCAUCCUGCCGCACCACUCCAUUGGUCAACAAGUACCGCACCGCCACCAGCGUCUGCAACAACCGGAAAAACCCUCGACUUGGAGCCUCAAACACACCCUUCACCCGCUGGCUUCCUGCUCAGUAUGAGGAUGGGGUUUCCCAGCCCCAAGGGUGGGACCGCAGCCGGCUCCACAAUGGCUUCUUACUGCCUCUGGUGAGAGAGGUCUCCAACCGGAUACUGACCACAUCUAAUGCAAGUGUAGAGAGUGAUCAGCUCUACACCCAUAUGGUGACCAUCUUUGGCCAGUGGAAUGACCACGAUCUGACCUUUACCCCCACCUCACCCAGUAUUCGUUCUUUCAGCAAUGGCAUCAACUGCGAUGAGAGCUGUGAACAGGCUAAUCCCUGCUUCCCUAUUCGGAUCCCAGAUGGUGAUCCCCGUUUUGGCUCAAAUUCCGACCAGUGCAUCCCACUGUUCCGCUCUGCCCCAGCAUGUGGGACAGGGAACACUGGCUACGUCUUUGGGGCGAACAAUGUGCGGGAGCAGAUCAACUCGCUGACGGCCUUCCUGGACGUGGGCCAGGUGUACGGGUCAGAGGACGCACAGGCACGAGACCUGCGCAACCUCACCAACGAUGAGGGUUUGCUGCGAAUCAACCAGAGAUUCACCGACAAAGGCCGAGAGCUCCUACCCUUCUCUACCAUGCCGGUUAACAUGUGCGCCACCCGCCAGAGGAUCACCAACACCUCUGGCUUGGAAGAGGUGCCCUGCUUUGUGGCAGGUGAUGCCAGAGUGGAUGAGAACAUCGGCCUCACCUCUUUGCACACACUUUUCUUGCGUGAGCAUAACCGCCUGGCACGUGCCCUGCGUCGGCUAAACCCACACUGGAGCAGUGAGACGCUUUACCAGGAAGCGCGCAAGAUCAUGGGCGGUUAUCACCAGGUGAUCACAUUCCGGGAUUACCUUCAGCACAUCGUGGGUCCCGAUGCUGUGGCUCGCCAGCUCUCCACCUACCCCGGCUACGAUGAGAACGUGGACCCCAGCAUCGCCAACGUCUUCGCCACGGCCGCCUACCGCUUUGCCCACCUGGCCAUCCAGCCCUUCAUGUUCCGCCUGGACGAGAACUACAACGAGCACCCGCAGUUCCCCAGCGUCAUGCUGCACAGGGCCUUCUUCGCCCCCUGGAGGCUGAUCUUUGAAGGUGGGAUAGACCCCCUGAUUCGGGGGCUGGUGGGCCGUCCUGCCAAGCUCAACACGCAGGAUCACAUGAUGGUGGAGGCCCUGCGGGAUAGGCUCUUCCAGUUCGUCAGCCACGUGGCACUAGAUUUGGGCGCUCUGAACAUGCAGCGUGGCCGUGACCAUGGCAUCCCUGGCUACAACGCAUGGCGGAGAUUCUGCGGCCUGUCUGAGCCACAGACCCUGGACGAACUCAGUCAAGUUCUGAGAAACCCCACACUGGCUCAGCAGCUGCUUCAGCUGUACGGAACCCCCGCCAACAUCGAUGUGUGGCUGGGGGGCGUCUCAGAGCCCUUCGUGCAGGGGGGGCGUGUGGGCCCCCUCUUUGCCUGCCUCAUCGCCACCCAGUUUCAGAGGAUCCGUCAGGGAGACAGGCUGUGGUGGGAGAACGAGGGGGUCUUCACCAGCAGACAGAGGGCUUCCCUGGCCAGCGUCUCCCUGGCCCGCAUCAUCUGUGACAACACCGGCAUCACAGAUGUCCCCAGUGACCCCUUCCUGUUCCACCCCCGUGGGGCUGGCUACACCCGCUGCCAGGACAUUCCCCCCUUCAACCUCACCCCCUGGUUUGACGCAGACCCAGACGCAAACUUGGUUGACGGAUUUCAGGUUAGAGGAACGCAGGUCUCGAGUCAACAGGUCAACAAAGACAGCAAAGAUAAUGAGAUUCCCCAGGUUUGAGGGGACUCCCUGGCCCCCAAGAUCUUGGAUCUAGCAUUUGGCCUCUGCUGUGAAGGAUACUACCCCAACCCCAACUGGAAUGUUGUCUUCUGGGAAGCCACCUGCAACGAGCGAAUUCUUUACUCUGCUCCUUAUUGCUUAAAGGUCUUGCCUUUUUCGUUGUAGCAGGCAUGCGUGUAGACCAGAUUUUUUUUUUUUUAUAUAAUUUUACAAAAUAUGAUUCCAAUAACAGCUUUUUUCUUUCCGAACUUUUACUUUCUUGGUAUUUCAUGUUUUUGUGCAAAAAAAAAAAAAAAAUAGUACAAGAGCCAACUUGAAGUCGAAAGCAGAUAACUGAUAAACAACAUAAUGUUCACUUUUUCUACCUCAAGACUGCAGUCCUAAUAUGGCUAGUGGUCUAUUAUGGCUGUGCAUUCAGUCACAGGUGCUGCACUCUCACACGCAAUAGUUCUGAACAUUUCCCUUGAUUGUCUGCAUAGCACAAAUAAUAAUCAUAAUUUAGACUUGUAGAUCACAUAUUAACUCACAAGCCACAACACAUUUUCUGAUUUUCUGACCAAAAUGAGCAAAUUAUUUCACAGUUAUUCACAGAAUGUCUUGUGUCUUUUGGGCACGCAGCUCAUUUUCCAUUGCUCCUGUGUUUUAAACAUGCACUGAAUUUACUUUUAGGAAAUACUUUUUUUGUACUAUAUUUUGUGUGUUUUUGUUUUCAUAAAUUUGUAUUUCCUUUACUAAAGUGGAAGAAAGUAUCUUUGUGUGAUUUGUCACAGCUAGACCUUGCAGGUUGUUUUGCCUUGAGAGCAUCGUGAU